GGAAAAGAAUUUGGUAUGAUGGUGAGAGAGCCAUUGUUGCUUAAGAGCAGAAUCAAUACUACUUCUAAGAUUGCGAUUGUUGGUGCCAAUGUUUGCCCCAUUGAGUCUCUUGAUUAUGAGAUUGUCGAGAAUGAGCUUUUUAAGCAAGACUGGAGGUCAAGAACAAAGGUUGAGAUAUUUCAGUAUGUUGUUCUCAAGAGGGCACUUGCACUCCUGAUUGGGCUGGCUACAGGGAUUGUUGGCUUUCUCAAUAAUCUUGCUGUUGAGAAUCUACCUGGGGUCAAACUUCUUCUGACCAACAAUCUCAUGCUUAGUGAAAAGUAUUUUCAGGCAUUCGCAACAUAUGCAAGUUGCAACAUGGUUUUGGCUAUUAUCGCUUCGGCUCUCUAUGCUUUUAUUGCCCUUGCCGCAGCAGGAUCUGGUAUUCCUGAGGUAAAAGCAUACCUCAAUGGCAUAGAUGCUCAUUCUAUAUUGGCUCCAAGCACCCUCUUUGUAAAGAUUUUCGGUUCCAUUUUUGGAGUUGCUGCUGGACUUCUUGUCGGUAAGGAAGGACCUAUGGUACAUAUUGGUGCUUGUAUAGCCAAUUUACUUGGACAAGGUGGUUCAAGAAACUAGCGUUUGACCUGGAAAUGGCUCAGAUACUUCAAAAAUGAUCGAGACCGCAGCGAUUUAAUUACAUGUGGUGCAGCUGCUAGUGUAGCAGCUGCCUUUCGUGCCCCCGCUGGUGGGGUUCUCUUUGCCCUUGAAGAAGCAACUUCAUGGUGGCGGAGUGCUCUUCUUUGGAGGACAUUUUUUACAACAGCUGUAGUGGCUGUGGUUUUGAGAGGUUUGAUAGAAUUCUGUCGAAGUGGAAAAUGUGGACACUUUAGGAAAGGUGGUCUGAUCAUGUUCGAUGUCUUUUCUUCAAGGAGCAGUUACAGCACUGCUGAUUUGCUUGUAGUUAUUUUCCUUGGAAUUAUUGGAGGAAUUUUUGGAAGCCUUUACAAUUACCUUGUGGACAAAGUUCUUCAUACAUAUAGCAUCAUCAAUAAAGUGAAUUGCAAGAGAGGUCCUUCAUUCAAACUCCUGCUUGUCAUCGUUAUUUCACUUUUGUCCUCUUGUUGCUCGUAUGGCCUGCCAUGGCUUUCACAGUGCAUUCCUUGCCCUUCUUACCUAUAAGAGGAACAAUGCCCAACUGUAGGUCGUUCUGGAAACUAUAAGAAUUUUCAAUGUCCACCAGGCUGUUACAAUGACCUUGCUUCUCUCUUUUUCAACAUCAAUGAUGAUGCGAUCCGCAACCUGUUUAGCUCUGGCACUGCACAGGCAUUUCACCUCUCUAUGCUUCUAGUUUUCUUUGCUGCUAUAUACUGCCCUGGCAUUAUCACUUAUGGGAUUGUUGUUCCCUCUGGGCUCUUCAUUCCAGUCAUACUUGCUGGUGCCUGUGGGACACUCCUUGGUUCUCUAUCUGAUCUUGAUGCUGGUCUCUUUGCCCUUCUCGAAGCUGCUUCCUUCCUGGGUGGCACAAUGAGAAUGACUGUGUCUCUCCAUGUUAUACUUCUUGAACUUACUAAUGACUUAUUGAUGCUCCCAUUGGUGAUGCUUGUUCUUCUUAUUUCAAAAACCAUGGCCGAUUGUUUCAACAAGGGUGUCUAUGACCAAAUUGUCAAGAUAAAGGGGUUGCCUUAUCUAGAAACCCAUGCUGAACCAUACAUGAAGAACUUGGUCACAAGUGACGUUGUUUCUGGUCCGUUAAUUUCAUUUUCUGGUGUCGAGAAAGUGGGGAAUAUUGUACAUGCACUAAAGAUAACAAGGCAUCAUGGUUUCCCUAUGAUUGACGAACCACCUUUCUCGGAUGCUCCGGAGUUGUGUGGACUAGUUUUGAGGUCUCAUCUUCUUGUUUUGCUUAAAGGACAGAAAUUUAUGAAACAGUAAAUUAUGACAGGAUCAAAAAUUACGAGGAGGUUCAGGGCGCAUGAUUUUGCAAACGCAGGAGGAGUCAAGCUUGAAGAUUUGGAUAUUUGCAAACGAGAAAUGGAGAUGUAUGAUCUCCAUCCCAUUACCAAUAUGUCCCCAUACACAGUCAUGGAAACCAUGUCCCUAGCUAAAGCAGUUGUUCUCUUUCUGGAGCUUGGCCUCCGGCACUUGCUUCGGGUGCCAAAAACACCCAUUAGGCCUCCAAUUGUUGGAAUCAUUACUUGACAUGACUUCAUGUCGGAGCAUGUAUCUAGACUCUACCCACAUAUGAACCCUCACAAGUAG